AGUUCGAUGCUGGUGUUCCGGUCCCGGGGGGACGGGUUUGAAGGCACCGGCUGGUUUGACACGUUGUGUUAACGCGGCCAUUCAUUGCCGCGCUGCUAAACUCUGUGAAUAAGUGACAGCUAACAGAAGAACCCAGAGAAGGAGCAGCCAUGGCCUGUGCUCGAGUGCCACUGGAUGAGCAGCAAGUGACCGAGCCUGGCCCUCUGGGAAAGGAGCGCACGCUGCCUGCACUGCACCCACACAGGACAGAGGAGCGCUGUUUCGUGCCUUACAAGCCCCCUCCAGAAGACAGCUCUCCAGCUGACGUGGAGGAGUUUUUAGAACAUGCCAGAUUCAUCACAGAGGACCUGGAGUGGCUGCUUGCAUUGCCUCAUGACAAGUUCUGGUGUCAGGUGGUGUUUGAUGAGUCCCUGCAGAGGUGUUUGGACUCUUACCUGCGUCACGCUCCUCGUGGCCUCGAUCUCUCCACGCUACCCUCCUCCCCGGCGGUGGCUGACAUGCAACGCUCCAUCCACAAAGCGGUUUUCUUGACCUUCCUCCGUAUGGCCACGCAUAAAGAAUCAAAGGAACACUUCUUUACCCCAGCCGUGUUUGGGGAGAUCAUCUACGAGAACUUUCUGUUUGACAUUCCCAAAAUUUUGGAUCUUUGUGUGCUUUUUGGAAAGGGUAACGGCCAGCUGCUGCACAAGAUGAUAGAGAACAUCUUUACUCAGCAGCCGUCCUACUACAACGACCUGGAUGAGACGGUGGCCACAGUUUUACAGGUAUUUGACACGGUCCUGCAGAAGUGUGGUCUCCAGUGUGAAGGAGCCACCGCUGCAGAGCCAAUGAAGCUGAAUGCACACAAAAAACCCACUGCCAUGACCAUGAGCCAGCAGGAACUGUUAGAUAUAAUUUUGUACCUGUGUGACUCAACCACCACCAUCAAUGCCUUCCUGGACAUCUUCCCCGCAGCCUGCACCAGCUUCCAGUCCCACAGCUUCCUCAGCAGUCUGACCUCGUUUUAUGAGACCGGUGUGCCUGACCUUGAGAAGGCGAUCAGAAAGAGAAACUUUGACGAUAAUAGUCUUCAGGAGGACCUGUGGAAGAGGCUGUCUCACUCCUGUCGUAAGAUGGUGGAGACGGUGCACCUGCUGCUGCACCACACCUGCCUACAACCAAUCCUGGAGGGGAGAGAAAACAUGCAAACAUUUGCAGAGGAACUGCUGCAAUAUUUCACAUCAUUUUUACCUGAGAAAAGAUUCUUGACGGACUACGAUGAGCAGUUCCCUGUUGCAGACGACAUCAGCCUCCUGCAGCAGGCCGUCCCUGUCAUUGAUGAGACCAGGACGUCUUACUUGCUCCAGGGAGUUGAAAGUGCCUGGGACAGCGUGGGGCGACGGAAACCACAAAGCCAGACUCGGACUAGUCAGGCUCAAGCUUCUGCAUCGCUAUCGGCCAAUCGGGAACCAGCAGCUGGUGCUGCUGCUUCCUCUUUGGCUGGCUCUAAACCUCAGGAGGUCAGAGAGCCAGCAGAAGGAGAGAGUACGAGGGGAGCAGAGGCCAUGCUGGAUGUCCCCCAAAGAGGAAACAAUGGCGCCGUGUAUCCAGUGAUCGGGGCGGAGCUGGAGUCUCUGCUGUCGUGUAUCAGGGACCUACUUCCUGAUUUGGGUGAAGGUUUCCUGCUGGAAUGCCUGAAGGAAUACAACUACAACUCCGAGCUGGUCAUCAAUAACAUCCUGGAGGACCGGUUAGCUCCCAAUCUGGCCAAACUGGACCGAGCCAUGCCACGGCCAGUGAAAGAGGAGCUUCCGGCUGUUCUGAACAACAGAUCCAACGUAUUUGAUGGUGACGAGUUUGACGUCUUCCGCAGAGAGCAGGUGGACAUGUCCCGCGUCUGGAAGGGCCGGAGGAAAGGUGAGAACGUUCGGGAGAUGCUGAACGACAAGCGGCACAUAGCGGAGCAGAAAGCUCGUUAUCACACGUACGAGACAGUGGUGGACGAGGUCAUCGUCGAACCCGGAGAAUCCGCGACGGCCUACGAGCUGGACGACUAUGACGACGAGUACGACGACACCUACGACAUGAACCAAGUGGGCGCCAACGACCUAGACGGAGAUUCUUUACUGACCAGAAGGCCGUUCACGGUACCGCAGGUACUGAGAAAAGAAAACAAGGAAGAAGACGAGGAGGACGAUCAAGACGAUCAAGAGGAAGAUGCUUCAAAGAGCGCUGUAAACAGGGACCAGUUCGUGCAGGACCCGGCUGUGCUGAGGGAGCGAGCCGAGGCUCGAAGAGCAGCCAUGCAGCAGAGGAAAGGCUUCCGGCCAGAGCGUUCCAGCAACGUGGCUGGCCGACCCAAAGGACAAGGACAAACCACUGAGACGUUACAGGACCGGCGAAAGAAGGAGACCAACAAGAGCCGUGUAGCCAACCACAACCGGCGCAGCAUGGCCGACCGCAAGAGGAACAAAGGCAUGAUCCCCUCCUGACCUGUGGCUCAACCGCAAUGGACUGAUGGGAGAAGGGGAGGAUGAAGGAUCUGGGCUCUGGUGUGGUUCUGGUUUGACUGUGGUUCAGGUUCCAGUCACUGUGAAGGCCGUCACAGAUUUCGUUAGUUUUCAGAAUGGUUUCGGUAAAACUGCAUUUUGGCUUUUUCUUUUAUUAAAAGUUGCCAACAAGCUUUACUGAAAUAGUUGAGAGAUCUGUGUCGUGUUUGAGCCCAAAGGAUUUUAUUCUAUAGUUCAAUAAACAUCAAGUGUGAGCGAAGGACUGACGAUAAAGAAUAACAUGUAACAAAUCAUUUUAUUAUUAAGAUCCAGGGUGAUCUAACAAAGUUUCUUUGACAUCAUCAUCGACAAACAGACUACAUAGGAAUAAAAGGAGGAGACGUUCGGGAGUUCCUUCUGUAGCUGGAAGAACAAUUACUGACCUGGAGAUCAAGUCUGGAAUUCAGCGGCCGACUCGUCCUGUUCGAGCAUGUGUGAAAGCUGCUGCACGCGUGUAUCAUCAUCUACUCCGCUCACACCACUGCUGUCCAGACUUCACCAUAACUCAUAACGAUGCUGUCGUUUGUGUUUGGAAGCACUUUCUGCAAGGAUGGUCCUCGUGGAGAACUUCCUACACACUGCCAUGCACACGCUAUUUUCUAUUCAGCGAUGAGCUUUUUGUAACAAUUUCAGCACAAAGUUAUGCUUUUUGGAGUUGGCAUUGCAAAAAAACAUCACAAAAUAAAUACAAUAAAACUAUAUGUUUAACAUA